AUGUCAACUAAUGCACCGGUAGUUAGCGUAGAGACCACUAGUAGUAGUGGUGCACCGUCUGUGCCGUUAUCACGGGAUGAACAACAAGCUGAUGAUAGUAACGAUGCUAUAGUGCCGGCACCGACUACUGCUACUGCUACUACUGAAACUGAUGAUAAUCAAGAAAUAGUUGCCAACAGUGGUAAUCAUCGCAAGUUUAGCAACAGAGUGUUUCCUCAGAAGUUACCGCCGAUUCCCAAAAGGUUUAAGAAAAUGUCGGCUAAAUCAAGCAAAUCAGUAGUUAAGUUUUCAUCAAAAGUCAAGACUCGGUCCAUUAUAACGAGCGAAGGCUUUCAAGUUGUUUGGCAUAACCUGUCAUUUAUGGUCGAAAAGCCGUCAUUUUUUGGCAUCAGAUGCGGCAAAAAAUCAAAGUCGCCGUCAGUAAGAGUCAUAUUGAAAUGUCUGAGCGGUUCGUUCAAGAGUUCAGAGCUGACAGCCGUUAUGGGACCAUCGGGUGCGGGAAAGUCUACACUACUAUCGUGUGUCUGUGGCAAACAAAAACAGGGUGUUUCCGGUGAUAUACGUAUUGUUGGCUGCGAUCGCAUCAAAGUUGCUAUCAUUUCACAGAACGACUACUUGACCGACAAGUUUACAUUAAGAGAGGCUCUUCUGUUUGCGUCCAAAACGAAAAACACCGAUAGAAAAGUAGAUCACGAAGAAGUGGUCAACAAUGUGGUCAAUGCCUUGUCGUUAGAGUCUGUAUUUGAUACCCGAUUGGGCCGAUGCAGUGGAGGACAGAGACGGCGCGUAUCAAUAGCACUGGAACUGGUGUCCAAUCCAAACAUCCUGAUUCUGGAUGAGCCCACCUCCGGUUUGGAUAGUGUUUCGUGUUUACAGAUAAUCGAAAAUCUGCGCGAUUUGACACAACACAAGAAAAAUCCGAUGGCCAUUGUGGCCACAAUACACCAGCCGAGCGCACGGGUGUUCAAUAUGUUUCACAAUAUAUAUGUCAUCUCACACAACGGCCAAUGCAUAUAUCACGGACCUCCAGAUAAUCUGGUGCAUCACAUGUCAUAUGUGAAUCUAACGGUUCCUCUCUAUCAUAAUCCGGCCGACUAUAUAGUGGAGAUAGCAUCGGGUGAGCACGGGGAGGAAAGUAUCACCCGUUUAGCCACUUAUCGCAAAGAAUCGUUAAAUAGGGAGAUAAACAUUGAUAAUAAUGUCGACGGACAGACUGUUUCGUCACAUAAAUUGUCGAAAAUGUCGCAAAAAUACAAGUUUCCUAUACUAUUGCACACUUACCUGUUGACCAAACGGUCGUUCUUAUUGCUUAUUCGUGAACCACAUCUGUCAUGGAUCAGGUUCUCGAUGGCCAUCUCAUCGUCACUGUUAUUGAGUCUUAUAUUCAGUUCAGAUGUCGAUAGCGCCGAGGGCUGUCCGCCCCGUAAGGAAAAGCUAUACAGCGAUAAUCCGACCAAUAUUUACACUAAUUAUGAAACACAACAAAAACUAAUUGAAUCAAAUGUGGGCUCACUUUUCUUCAAUACGGUAUAUCUAUUGUACAAUGGGGUACUUCCUAUGCUUAUGACAUUUACCAAUGAAUUUAAUUGUCUCACCAAACACUAUACCAAUGGCUGGUACUCUACUGUCACAUAUUUUAUAUCAAAAUUAAUUACGGAUAUACCUGUCAUUAUGAUUUGCGUUUUCUUAUACCUGUCCAUUUGGUACUAUCUGACUGAUCAGAUUGAAGAACUCUGGAGAUAUCUAAUGGUUUUGGUAAUCGGUAUAUUAGUGGUACUGAACGGUCAGAGUCAGGGCAUGAUCUGUAGCGCCAUAUUUUCAAGAGAUCCCGUCAAAGCCUCCUACUUAAGUAUCAUCACAACGACGCCAUUCUUUCUAAUGAGCGGUUAUCUGGUGCGCACCCGACGUAUGCCUCACUAUUUGCGUCCACUGACAUACCUGUCGUAUACUAAAUAUGGUUUCGAGUCUUUUGUUAUAACUUUGUACGGUUUCAACCGAUGCUGGUAUCCCGAGACCACAAACCAAACACUGGUACAGCCGUCGUGGCUCAGGUUCAUGAAGGUUAUGGUUGCAUCAAUUGGCGAACACAAUGCAAACGAUGAAGAUCUUGAUUUUGUUAACGAAGAUGGAGAUUCCGAUGAGGACAGGGCUACCAACGAUAUAUUGGCCAUGUUUUCCGGUCAACGGGUCACCACAACCAGUGAGCAUAAGUAUCAAUCGAUGGUUAUGUCACAGUUUGAGCUCAACGAUGAUAUGCUUUUGUCAAACUUGAUAUCAUUGUCUGUCUAUACGAUUGUGUAUAUGAUUAUCGCUUAUUUUGUGUUAUUACGACAAUUACGGAAAAGUGCUUAA